UAAAAACUGCAUAAUUAUAACUAAAAGACCACUGGGAACACUUAAAAUAGACCAAAAGAUGAUUGGAGUGACUCUAAAAUGCGACCCUUUAAGAUCCCGUACAUACAGUACCUGCUGUCUGAACUCUGAAUAGUUUCUGUCACUUCCAGCUGGCAGCGCAGAGCUGCCCUUUCAGUAUCACCCUGGUUGUCUCGUGAAGGAGAAAGUGGAGAACUUACAUGAAAUGCUCCUCUUUCUUGGGCAUGUGCAAUCCUGCCCAAGCUGAAAAACGGACUGUGUUGCUAGAGACAUAGGGAGUCAUUGUUUUGGGGGAAAAUGGGCAGUGAGAAGGGUGAGGCUGUUUGUCUCAGUGAAAUGAGACAUUGAAAGGGGGGAUUUGGAAUAAACCUUGGAUCCUGCUGAGAAUAGAGGAUGAAGAGAAGCGAGUGGAAAGGGUUUGCUGAUCUGCUCAAUGUGUUGUGAGCGUAGGGACUGAAGAUAAAAUGGAUGAUGAGGACAGCAUCUAGAGAAAUAUUGAUUGAGGGAUGAGGUAGGCAUUAAUUUCAGGAACCCUUUUUUGCAGAGUAAUAAUUUCACAUCUGCUAAAAACAACAUAAAAGAUCAUAGGGACUAUAAAAUUCUGCCACUCUACCUGAUAUCUUCUAAACAUCUGCCAAUAUAUCCGCUGCCUGACUUUGUUUAUGCCCCACUCCUUCUUUUUUGCUCACAACAGACACUUUUGUUCCUUCUUCUUGUCUCCUGCAGCUUCAUUCUCUCACUUCUUUUACUUUGGCCCUUUCACCUCUUUUUAAGACUCUUCUCCCCUUUUUCUCCCCCUCAGUAUCACAUCCUUUCUCUCCUUUCUUUGGCUCAACCCAAUUUUCUUUUCUGUAUUCCUGCCCCUUUUCUCAGCCCCUUCAUAGUCUCCUCCUCUCCACUGCAACCCCCAUACAACUCUCUGGUGCCCUUUUCUCUUCCUGUGCUCCGCUCUUCUUCGUGCCUCUUUUGGCAGAGUGGCUAAAGGAGGCGUUUGGAGGUUGCUGCAUUAGACCCAUGCAUAAUUCAUGUGGCCUGCAGUCUAUGUGGGUCUUAUUCUGGCUUUUCUAGGGGGACACAUGGGCACCAUAAAAGAGUUCUCCGUGUUGGACCGUGAUGGAGGAGUUGCACAGAUGGGAUUUUCCUUUUAUUGAUAUGAGCUCCUUGUUGCAGACAGAAAAAAAGCUUGGAGGAGUUCACAUUCAACUGCAGCAUGAGGUGGCUACAGCAGACUGGGAUUGAGCCCUGAUGAUCCCUCUCUGCCAUUUUUCUACCAAUCCUGGAGGGGCUAGAGAGCUGAUGUCUCAGAGGACAAGAGGGCGUCCUUUUUUUGGAGUCUUAAAGAGACAAGCUAGAUCUCGAUAAAUGGAGGAGAAAGAGCGAUGCAGGAGCAGGUCUCCUGCUCGGAGGGCCAGUCGAGUGCAGCAGGUGGUGGGAACUAUAAUACGACGCACCCGAGAGUCCCUAAGCAGAGAGCGGCUGCUAGGCGAUGGGAGAUCACAGCGUUCCAACAGUCUAUCCAAUCAAAACUUCCAGGCCAAGUUGACGCUGCAGAUCACAAAAGACCCAGUCCUGGACAGAAGCACUGGACAUGGCUUCACCCUCACCACAAGGGAACCCCUGCUGGUCAGGGAUAUUGCCGCUGGGAGUCCUGCAGAUGGGAUACUCUACCCAGGUGACCAAGUGCUGCAGAUCAAUGAUAAAGUGCUCGAGGACUUGAUUCCAGAGCAAGUGGAGAACAUCAUGAGGGACUUGGAGGAUUGCAUUAAUGUGACUAUCCUGCGGCACAUGACAAAUCCUAAAUCGUCCAUAAUGUCUGCAGAGAAGAGAGCUCGUCUGAGAAAUAAUCCAGUUAAAGUGCGCUUUGCAGAAGAGAUAGUGGUCAAUGGGCACACUCAGGGGAAUUCUCUUCUCUUUCUGCCCAAUGUGCUAAAGGUCUACCUGGAGAACGGGCAGACCAAAGCCUUCAAGUUUGAUAACACAACUACUGUCAAGGAUAUUGUUCUAACUCUGAAGGAUAAACUGUCUAUCCGGGCCAUUGAAUAUUUUGCAUUGGUACUGGAACAACAGUACAGCAUUACCAAACUACUGCUACUGCACGAAGAUGAGCUUAUAAAUAAGGUGGUGCAAAAAAAAGACUCCCAUGACUACAGAUGCCUGUUCAGAGUUUGUUUCAUUCCCAAAGACCCAAUGGACCUACUACAAGAUGACCCCUCAACCCUUGAAUAUCUCUUUUUACAGAGCGUUGGAGAUGUGCUACAGGAGCGUUUUAUAGAAGAGAUGAUGUGCGGCAUGGCACUCCGUCUGGCUGCCCUGCAUAUGCAUGAAAGACUAGCUAGUUGUGGCCAGACUAGGAUGUCCAUCAAGAGUAUUACGAAAGAGUUUGGCCUGGAAAGCUUUGUCUGCCCUACUCUACUGAGCAAUUUAAAGAGGAAGGACCUAAGGAUAGCCCUCAGCUACCACCUAAAAAAGAUCCAGUCCCUACUAGAGCCACGCCAGAAGAUAAUAUCAGCAACACAGGCUCGGCUGGCCUAUAUCACUCAGCUUGGAGAGCUCAUUUCAUAUGGGGGACGAUCUUACUCCGCUACAAUGAUGCUUCAAGAUAAAGAGGUGUCGGUCAACUUGCUAGUGGGAGCCAAGUACGGAAUGAGUCAAGUCAUCAAUCACAAACUCAACGUGAUCUCGACGCUGGUUGAGUUCAGCAACAUCAGCCGGGUGGAGCUGCUCUCCGAGUCAGAAAAAGUCAGCCUGCUGCGCAUAUCUCUACAUGAUAUGAAGCCAUUUGCCUUACUGAUGGACUCUCUAGCAGCCAAAGACUUAGGGUGUCUGCUGGGAGGCUACUGCAAACUUCUGGUGGAUCCAAAUGUUAAUGUCUUCCGUAUGGGGCGCCCGAAAGUGAGGGUGCACCGGAUUCCUGCUGAAGAAGGUGUGUGUGGGAGGUUCACCGUAGUAGGAGGCGUGUGCUAUGAGUCCUUAUCAAGUUACGUGUCUCGCCUCUGCAGUGACUCAGAUGACUCCACAGAUGAGGAUGACCCAAUGGAUUCUCAGAAUUAUAAAAGUCCGGACCCAGCAAGUCAAGACUGGGAGGAGAGGAGGAGGGAAGAGGAGGAAAAGAGGAGAGAGGAAGAUAGGAAAGAAAGAGAAGAAUACAAAGGCAACCCGGAAGUUAAGAUAAUGGUGACAGCAGAAGGUAAGGGAAACGAGAGUGAAGAAGAAGGAGGAGCAACAGGAAGUGCUCUGUGUAAAGUCAAUAAUACAGAUGAGGAGAUGAGCCUGGAGACCAGCUGGUACCACACUGACCCUCGUGUCACCAGCAGCUUCUCUAGUUUAUCCAGUGGUUCCUUAAGUGCUGCUCUGGAUGAAAACACUGCUACAGCCAAACCCACAGGUGAGGAUCAUCUGAGUCUGAACGUUCAUCACCCCUACCUCCUGGAGCCUAAGCGGCAUCAAGGGCUCACCCGUCCCACCAACCUGAACUACCACAGCAAUGACAAUUCUUUCCUCUGUUUUACUGAGCUCUCCAAAGCUGAUUCUUUGUCAAGUCCAACUGGAAUUACAAGUGAUGAUGAUAUUGAUGAGGAUGAGGAAGAGGAUGAAGAGAGGGAGAUUGAAAGAGUCGAAGUGCUCAGGCGUAUUUCCAAGAUUCCAAGUUCAAGAGAUUUAAGGAUGAUCGAUACCACACCUUUUGUAAGAUCAUCUAUUAAAAAAACAAAAAGGACUCCUCCCAAAGUCCCAGUAAGGACGAGUUCAAUCCCAAGAAACAAACCAUGUCAAGCUGAUGGAUUGAUGUCCAAGGAUGAAGAGGGACUUUUUCUGACACCUUCACCCAACCCUAAAUCAGCGCUUCUGCUAAGAGACAAUGUCUCAGAUUCUGAGGAUGAGUUUUUCGAUGCUCAGGAGAGAUUUACACCUACAGUUCCUGAUCUAUCAGAUGCUGAGUUGGCCGACAGGCAAAAUGCUAAUCGUUUGAGUGGAAUCUGGAAUGGUCUGUCUUCGGUCCAAGAGAAAGAGUCAUUAUCCCCACUUGCCAAAGAAGACCAGUCCUCUAAAACCAAGAAGAGUUCAGAGGCAGUGAUAGGCCCCGCAAAUAAAUUCAACCAACAACCCAGUCCUUCAAAACCACCACAAAAAGUUGAUGUCAAAGUCAAACCACCACUUGCUCCAAAGCCCCAGCUGCCUCCAAAACCCCAAUUGGUUCCUUCCAAAUUGUCCCAGCAUGGACGAUCAUAUUCCCAAUGUAAUGGGGAUGCCUCUGGACAUCUAUCUGCUGAGCCUGUGGAAAUGGAACCAGAAACCAUGGAGUUCAAAUCUGUCACCACAGGUGGGUUGCCUUUGCCAGCAUCUGUGAUCACUGCAGUGCGUUGUAGCAAGCAGCCAUUGUCAGUCAAAACAUCACAAACUGAGAAAAACACUCCAAAAGACGUCUCAAACCACAGUAAGGAUCUAAUAUAUAAGAAUGGAUCUUUUUUUACUUCCAAAGAAAAGCAUUCAUGCAUUCCUGAUGAAACAGAAACUCUCAAAUGUGAGAAGGUGAGCAAUGGUACUGAUAGGUUAUCGAAAAAACAACAGAACCAGUCCCUGUCCAUUUCCUCUGUAAAGCAAACUGGUCCUCCUCCAGUUCCUCCUAAACCCACAUCUCCCAUCAGUCUUCACCCAUUAUCACUACCGGCCAGCUCUCCAGUUUCCCCAACUGAUCCAGACAAAGGGUCUUUUAAGGAUGCAGUAAGUCCACCAAAUGGAAUUCACCUAUGGAGUAGUCGCAAUGGUAGCAGUCAGUCAGGGCCAAGGAGGGUGUCUUUGAGUCAUGAGAGCCUAUCACCCAAAACUUCAGAUGCAUCAAUCACCAUUACCACCUCAUUGACCACUUCCAACUCCAAAGGCAUAGGUGGCCAAGAAAGUAAGGAACCUGGAAGAUCUGGUUCUGGAUCUGAUCUAAGAACUAGCUCCUCAAGUCUUGGAGGUAGACUACCAGCAUCGGCUCUGAGAGGGAAGAUCCAGUCUCUGCCCUGGUACAUGACACGCUCACAGGAAAUUCUAGGGACUCUAGAUUAUCCCUCCACAAACUCCAUCAAUGGAGACACAUCUGGCUUUGGCUCCGGUUUAUCUGUUGCAAGUGGUUUAUCAGAUUUAAACAAGACCCCUGUCAAAGACAAAGAAACUGUUUCCUUAAAAUCAGAAUACAAAGGGAGCAUUUUGGAUGACGGAGCUGAGGUUGUCAUUGCAACCAUCAAAGAAGCCCAGGAAGUGACUUACCAUAUGAAUAAGACUAAUAGGUCAAAUGUAUCAAAGCCUAAUCUCAGUUUUAGAGAAAAUUGUACAGAUAGCUGCAGCAUCUCAUCAGAACAACCUCAGUCAUGGUGUAAUUCAGCUGUGGGCUUUGGAGGUGUAUCUAGUAUGGAGCUUGGCGGUGACUCUCCAACAUCCUCGGCAGCAGACACCACUCCUCCACAGCAACACCGUGAUACCUGUGGCUGUCGCACCGUUUACACAAAUUGCUUCAGCGUAGACUCUGAAGACGGUGUUAGCUUUGAUGAAGAGCUCACUGUUUAUGAAUUCUCCAGACGCAUACAUACAAAACCCGUCCAACCCAUACCUGCCCCUUCUCCACAAGUACCUCCAAAACCUAACAUUUUGUCACUGUUAAAGGACAACCCCCGUCCUUUAUCUACUUUUUCCACUGCCUCGUCUGAGCUAAGUCCUCUGGUGUCAUGUCCUGUUUCACCAACAACUUCGCUUGGUGGUUCCCUUCGUUCCCUUACCAAAAAGAACUAUGCUGGGUUGAAGGGAGGCUUUGCUUCUCUACAUCAAGAUAUAGAGCAACUACUUCUGGUACUAGAGAGGGGAGCACCAGAGCAUCCACAUCAGCAUUUAAAAUCAGAGAGGACGUUCUUAAAAGGAGGGCCAGACCUUAAUCACAAUGCAACUGAAGACAGUGCUAUACCUGGUCCAAACCUGUGUUGUACUGGGGAAAGAUCUGCCAUCAUGACAGAGGCUGAGAGGAGUCUUCUCCAGGCAGAAGCUCGACGUCUGGCAUCUGGGUGUCAGCGGGCCACACGUGUUGGCUGGGCACCUGAUGAGGCACUACGUUCAUUAUCCAAUAGCUUUAGUGCUCUGGUUCAGCUGUCAGCAGCCUGCCUGCGAACAAAUCCCUGCCCUGGUUGUGACUUCUGCAACAAAGCAAACUCAACGCACCGGGAUGAGGAUAGCAGUGACCAGCAGGCUAUGGACAAGAUAAAAGAAAUUGUGGGUCUGUACCAGGACUUUGUCAGGGCUGUUGAGACAGCUGGAACUGGUACUGGAGUUGGUAGUAGAAAUGAGGGGCUUGGUGGGUCUGCACAGGCUCAAGGGGACGGCGAUGGCGUGAAGCUCCUCGCCAAGCGCUGUACUGUGCUCAUCUCAUCAGUAUUCUCACUCACACAACUCUUCCGGACACAAACCCCAGACACCACAGAGACAGCAGGCCAUGUUCCUCUCAACUUUUGACCUGUGAACUUUUAUCCACUAGUUAUUCCACUGAUGCUGGAGCUGUGACAAAAAGAAACAGCACAGAACUGUGUGGUGUGUAACUCCUGUAUUCUUGUACAGUAAGUGCCACACACACCACAGCAUACCACGGGUUUCCGAAGAGGGAUACUUUCUAUGCUCUGACUGUCCCUGGCCGCAUGUGGACUAUGCAUUUGUGAAUAGGAAUUUUAUAUUAAUGUAUAAUUAUUUUAUGAUACAAUAUGUGUAUGUAUGUAAGGAUGUAUUAUCCACGUUCGUAUUUAUGUAUUUAUUUUUAAACAUUUUGCACCAGGAUCUGUGAUCUGCAGGCAUCUGGUAAAGAAAGAAAUAAAAAUUACAGGUGUCACUGGAACUUUUACUUUUCCUUCUGUUUGGCACAGCUGCUUUUAGAGAUUUUUCCACUCUCUAAGGUGUAAUCUGUAAAUGGUCAUUUUCAUGUUUUUAAUCACAGUGUACUUUGUUACACUUGUGAAUUAGAAUAAGUAAUUGACUUUGUUAGUUUUGUGCAGGGUUUGCACUUUUUUAUGGACUUGUUUUUUGUCUUUUUCAGCAUUACAGUCACAGAUUUAUUGGAUUCAAAACACGGCAUCAUUACACAGCAGGGAGAGCACUUUUGACUGUUACAGAUUGCACCUUUUUAUGAGACACAUAACCACGUGUAAGUGUUUUUCUACCCCUUACGAGUCGUCUGAACCGAGUUUGUGUAAAAGCCUCAUGGAACCCACUACUCAAAUGUAUGCAGUAUUAUACCAUUAAUCUUGUUUUAUUCAUUACACAUCCAGUAUUUUUUGUAAAGUAUGUAAGGCCCGGGUUUCCAAAUAGGGGACCUUUUAUUUUUUAACGUAGUUGAAAAUGUUUCUGACUUGGCACAAGGGCGACUGUUAAACUCUGUCCAGAUGUAGCAAAGAUCCAAAGUCCUUUAACACUGAGCCACAACCGUUCCUUGCUAUGGUCUCCUCUUUAAAGCACCAUUGAACUGAUAUACCACACAUCCAGGUGAACGAACUUGUUUCACUAUAAGGUCAGAACUGUAGAUUUAUGUCCUAAUUUAGUUUAUUACUAUGCAAACAUAAACCCCAAACCCCUCCACUGUUAAGACGUCCAAUACAGAAACAGCUUUCUCAGUAGAAUGGGUGCUUUUCCUUUGGAAUGUUGGCUUCUGUUUUGUGUCCGGAAAACUUUCUGUAUUUUGGACAGCAAACCUUUUUAAGAGUUGCAUGCUGUUUGUCAACGUUGAGACUCCUUUCUUUGUGUGGCAUGAUGAAGAUCGAAGGGAUACAUUGAUCUGGUGGGCUGCUGAUGCACAGUUUUUAUCACUCAGUGCACAAUUUUACCAACGACCGACUUAAAAAAUUUGCUUUUGCCACAUUUUAAAAAGAGACACUUUAACCGUAUGUUUUUCUCAAAAAAUAAAUGUGAAUGGUGGAUCAACCCAAACAAAGGCCUCUUGGAUAUUUAGUGGGAACGGUUGAGGUACUUUUUCAUCAGUUAAAAUAAAAACAGAUGUUGAGUUUUUGAAAUAAAAUGGAAAUAAAAAAGCCAGAUGUGAUACUUUAGACCUCUUUGCCAUUGGAGAAAUGUCAGUCAGCUCCCGUAUCGUACCAACAUUCUGUGAAACUUGCCAUCAUCAGACGAACAUAAUUUGAUAACUUUAAAUGCCAAGAAAAUGUUUGUGUUUUUAGCAUUAAGCAGUCUCCUCCCUGUCCUCAUGCCAUAAAGGUAAUGUAACCAGGAAUGUUUUGUUUUUGGAAUAAACAUCACUGUAACAGUG